AUGACCAUGUUCUUAAUAAUAUUUUUAUUACAUCUCCUGUCUUUGCACCAUCGCUCUGAGGCUCAGGCGGACUUACGAAGAGUUGGGCAAGAUGACGUGCUACAGCAAUGGCUCCACAAAACCAGGAAGCUGGCCCAGGAGGGGCUCGAUGAAGAAGAGAUAGCAUCGAAUAGAGACAAAUUGGCUAUCACUGUGCUGGUGACGGACUUUGACCGCAGAGACAGAGACCGACUCACAAUCCUACGGACCUGCCUGCAGCUAUGUAUGCGCAACCUGUUCAACGUCACGCCUAGCAAAUUCUACGUGUUCACGUUCGAAGGCCAGAUUGCGGACGUGAAGGCGCGGCUUGGCGAGCUCAUGCAACCCAAUGUUGCAGUGCUGCCGGUGUUCAACAGCACCUGGAAGGUGCCGUUGCUGGCGAGCGACCCAAGUUCCUGGCACUCGCACCACAGCAGCAACUACAGGAUCAUGGGAGACUUGCGGCUGGGGUUCAUGCCGCAUUUCGCAAGGCAGAUGGGGCAUAGGUACAUGAUGCAGCUAGACGACGAUUCGUACAUUCUGGGCCCUAUUUCGGUCAACCUUGUGCAGCUGUUUGACCGGCAGGGCUAUCUGUUGGGGGCCCGCAACAUACAGCGAGAUCCCCUUCUUGUGACGUGGGGUCUUCCAGAGCUGGCCAAGUUUUUCCUGAUCACUCAGAAAAUUGUGCCGGAGACGCUGUUUGAGUAUUGUGAUCCCCCCAACAUUGAGGGGCUCUACUCAGAGUACAAGCGAACCAAGCUGCAGGAGGGUUUGAUACCCCGGGAUCAACUGGACAGGUUGGACAAGUUGGAGCUGCGCAACCGCGGCGGUUGGAACCGAACCAUCAUGUUUGGUAACUGCCUCAUGUACAGCCUCGACUGGUUUUUCAAGCCCGAGGUGUACCAUUUCGUGCAGCUGUGCCGCACCUCUGGAUCUUCGUUUGCGUACCGCUGGAACGAGCAGGGCGUGCUCGCGAUGCUCUGGCAGAUUUUCGUGCCGCGUGACAAGUUUGUCACGUUCAAGUUCGAGUACGCGCACCGCAUAAACGAGACGCUGGCACUUCAGCUGGCUGCCAAGGCGGCUGCCAAGGACACCAGGCGCAAGGGGCGGCGGCAGGGCAACAUUUAUGCAGAGCACUACGAAGGCGAGAUACGCGGCAGGCAGCCAGGUGGCCAGGCGGAGAUUCAGAAUUGCAGGUAG